GUGCAGAGCCAGCCGCACAGCCCCUUCAGAGGAGCCUCUCAAGCCCAAGCAGUAGCUGGUGUUAGGCACCAUCUUGUAGCCCUGGAAGCCGCUGCCACCGCCACCCGCUGCACCAACGUCCGUCAGCCUGACAGAGUUAGAUAUGAAUCCCGUGCACCCAGAAAACGAGGAAAUGGCCACCAAGGAGAAGCUGCAGUGUCUGAAAGACUUCCACAAAGACAUCCUGAAGCCUUCUCCAGGGAAGAGCCCAGGCACACGGCCUGAGGAUGAGGCUGAGGGGAAGCCCCCUCAGAGGGAGAAGUGGUCCAGCAAGAUUGACUUUGUGCUGUCUGUGGCCGGAGGCUUCGUGGGUUUGGGCAACGUUUGGCGUUUCCCGUACCUCUGCUACAAAAAUGGUGGAGGUGCUUUCCUCAUACCGUAUUUUAUUUUCCUGUUUGGGAGUGGCCUGCCUGUGUUUUUCCUGGAGGUCAUAAUAGGCCAGUACACCUCAGAAGGGGGAAUCACCUGCUGGGAGAAGAUCUGCCCCUUGUUCUCUGGCAUUGGCUACGCAUCCAUCGUCAUCGUGUCCCUCCUGAAUGUGUACUACAUUGUCAUCCUGGCCUGGGCCACAUACUACCUAUUUCACUCCUUCCAGACAGAGCUUCCCUGGGCCCACUGCAACCACAGCUGGAACACACCACAUUGCAUGGAGGACACCCUGCGUAGGAAUGAGAGUCUCUGGGUCUCCCUUAGCGCCUCCAACUUCACCUCGCCUGUCAUCGAGUUCUGGGAGCGCAAUGUACUCAGCCUGUCUUCCGGAAUCGACGAACCAGGCGCUCUGAAAUGGGACCUUGCGCUCUGCCUCCUCUUAGUCUGGCUUGUCUGUUUUUUCUGCAUAUGGAAGGGUGUUCGAUCCACAGGCAAGGUUGUCUACUUCACCGCCACUUUCCCGUUUGCCAUGCUUCUGGUGCUGCUGGUCCGUGGACUGACCCUGCCGGGUGCUGGCGAAGGCAUCAAAUUCUACCUGUACCCUGACAUCAGCCGCCUUGAGGACCCACAGGUGUGGAUCGACGCCGGAACCCAGAUAUUCUUUUCCUAUGCCAUCUGCCUGGGGGCCAUGACCUCACUGGGAAGCUACAACAAGUACAAGUAUAACUCGUACAGGGACUGUAUGCUGCUGGGAUGCCUGAACAGUGGUACCAGUUUUGUGUCUGGCUUCGCAAUUUUUUCCAUCCUGGGCUUCAUGGCACAAGAGCAAGGGGUGGACAUUGCUGAUGUGGCUGAGUCAGGUCCUGGCUUGGCCUUCAUUGCCUACCCAAAAGCUGUGACUAUGAUGCCGCUGCCCACCUUUUGGUCCAUUCUGUUUUUUAUUAUGCUCCUCUUGCUUGGACUGGACAGCCAGUUUGUUGAAGUCGAAGGACAGAUCACAUCCUUGGUUGAUCUUUACCCGUCCUUCCUAAGGAAGGGUUAUCGUCGGGAAGUCUUCAUCGCCAUCCUGUGUAGCAUCAGCUACCUGCUGGGGCUGUCGAUGGUGACGGAGGGUGGCAUGUAUGUGUUUCAACUCUUUGACUACUAUGCAGCUAGUGGUGUAUGCCUUUUGUGGGUUGCAUUCUUUGAAUGUUUUGUUAUUGCCUGGAUAUAUGGUGGUGAUAACUUAUAUGACGGUAUUGAGGACAUGAUUGGCUAUCGGCCUGGGCCCUGGAUGAAGUACAGCUGGGCUGUCAUCACUCCAGUUCUCUGUGCUGGAUGUUUCAUCUUCUCUCUUGUCAAGUAUGUACCCCUGACCUACAACAAAGUCUACGUGUAUCCUGAUUGGGCAAUUGGGCUGGGCUGGGGCCUGGCCCUAUCCUCCAUGGUGUGUAUCCCCUUGGUCAUUGCCAUCCUCCUCUGCCGGACGGAGGGACCGUUCCGCGUGAGAAUCCAAUACCUGAUAACCCCCAGGGAGCCCAACCGCUGGGCUGUGGAGCGUGAGGGGGCCACACCCUUCCACUCCCGCACAAGCCUCGUCAUGAACGGCGCACUCAUGAAACCCAGUCACGUCAUCGUGGAGACCAUGAUGUAAGGUCCUGGCCAUGCAACAGGCGCCGCUUUCCUGCUGUUUACUAACAUUAGAUUCUCAUAGGACCAGGUUUACAGAGCUUUAUAUUUGUACUAGGAUUUUUUUUAAUUGUCACAGAAAAUGUUACUCUAUAUGUAUGUGUGUAUCAUGUGUGUGUCUGUAUAUGUGUAUUUUGUUUUGAUUUGGGGGAUAUUUUGUACAAAAAGAACCCACGGGCCUACGUCCUGGGGACAGGAUGGACUUUCUUAUUGAUUUUGAUGUAUUUUAUGGGAACUUGGUAAACUUUUCUUUGUAUUUUUUUUUAACAUAUAACUAUAUAUACUUACAGUCUGUCAUACACUUUCCACUUGAAUUGGUCUCGCCAGCAAUGGAUCUCGUUUUCAAAAGCAAUUCUUCGGUGCUUAUAUAGCUGGCAGAAAGUUCUGCCCAAAAACAAACAAAAAGAGAAAGAGAUAAAAAAAAAAUACUAACUGCUGGGUGGAAUUUUCCUAUGAUGGUGGAUAUAUCUUCAAGAAGGUCUAGUCCCUUCUGGGCUGGUUCAGGAGGAAGAACACAGCUGAGGAGAGGGAGCCCCCCCACUAGCUGAACAGACCUGAGGAGCAGGAGAGAACAGGGCCGUGGGGAGAACCCUCACUCUUUCUCAGCCAACAAGAAAGAUGCCAAAAUAAUAAUCCCACCCUUAACAUGAAGGGUUGAUUCUAAGAGCAGCCGAAGCUAUUGUACCAGGGCCAAAACUCCUCCCUUUUAUUUUGAAGUAGAGGGUGGGGAGUCAGUGGGCUUGUCUGAACCACCACCAGUCUUAGAGGCAGGAAUGGGAAGUCUAAAAGGCAGGUGAAAAUGGGGCUGGGGGCUGGGGGCUGGGAGCCUCAGCUGGCUUAGGCAGAAGCCUCGGCCUUCCUUGAGCAUUCAAUAACAUCACCUGAGGCCAGUCCACAUGAGCUGCCUGGGCUUUGGGGUCAGAAUCACACACAAAAAGGGGCUGUUGUAUUUGAAUGGAGUCAUAGCCAGUGGGGAUCUGGGCAUUCCCCAAGGGGAAUGCAUUUUGCUGAGGGUUAGGAGGGAAGCCAGUGGACCAAAGGAUAUUAGCAGCUUAGGAGGUUGAGUGUCCCCCAGACUGGCAAGGGUACCCCAGGAGGGCACUUUCCUUCCUUGCCUCUUGACAAACUCUUGUUAAAGAUGGCCAUCUGAGAGCCAUCCAGCUCCCAGCACAAAGUGCUCAGAGUGGCUGUAGAGAAAGGAUUUAAGCUCAAGUGCAGAGCCAACUUGGUAGUAGGUUGAGGUUGUCUCCACAGAGACCAGUGCCCCAGAGCUGGCUGACCCCAGGCAGGGCUGUUUCCUUCUGAACCAGUAGAGGGCGCUACACCUUCACCCCAGCCUCCACUGGGCCCAACUGUGCCAUCCUGAACCUCUUUUUGGCAAAUGUACACAUUUUUCUGUCUCCAAAGCAAUGUACUCUGCCAAGUGACCCUUUAGUCCUCUUCCAGUGGUUGUUGAGUCAGCCACCCGUAAUUCUACCGUGUUCCUAUUGUCCUGUGUAUUUCUGGUUGCUCUUGUGUUAUUGUGACUAUUGGAGUUUUUCUUCCCUGAUUUUACCAAUUUGUAAUGUGCCCUGUUUUUUCUUUUGUUUUACGGAACCUUAAAAGUAACCACUGUGGGUGAUUGAAGACAGGUGAAGUGUAAGGGAGAGGGGGUUCAUCCAGCUGCGGCAGCAUCUAUGGUCGUGCCUGUCUACCCUUCCCCUCCACCAGGCAUGCUACUCUGGCGAGCCAUCAGUAUUUUGGGUUGGCAGACAAAUGGCACCAUUCUGGAAAUGGCCUGAGAAAGGCCUUUUUAUCAUUCCCAGAUCAAAUUCUAGACCAAAGACGCAGUGGGCCAAGUCCCCAGGCCCUGCCUAGAUGGAAGGCCAGCCGCCUCCAGAGCCCAUUCCCAAAAGUGUCCCUGCACUUGUCUUCAAUGCCUACCACUCUCACCCAGCCCCUAGCCCUAAUGGCCCUGAUGGCCCUUGUUGUGAUGCUUGUGUUUCUAUGUCUGCAUGUAAGUAACAUUUUGAAGUAGAGCUCGUGACUCUGGUCCACCUGCCUCUUGGAGAGAGGGCUAAGCUGUCCACCAACCAGCCCUUGCCUGGAACAGGUCAGGCUGUGCCCUGCCUGUUAGAUGUGGGCAGGAAGCAAGGUACAAUGUCAAAUUUAGAUGAGGACCAGGGUGGGCCCGGGAGGACUCUCCUGGGAGAUGUUAUUUGGACCCAAGAGGUUAUGUUAGUCCCCAAGUGGAGGAUCCCUGCUAAGCACUGUGGACAGUCCCAGAGGUCCCCCAAUCUCAGGCACUUUUGUAAACAGGAAAACUGAGGCCUGGAGUAGGAGAGACUUGCAUUGGGAACUGAGUGGACUGGAUAAUUGAGUCAUUUGUUGCUCCAGGCUCUCAAUGGUAUGGGCAGAAGGAAAGCAGGACCUGGGCAUUGUCAAGUAAACUGUCAGGCCUUUCCUGACAACCAAAGGCCAGACUGAUAAGGGCCCCCUGCCCUUAUCAUGGAGCAGAGAGAGCCACCCACUUCUGCCCAUCCUCAGUCUCCUGCUCACCCCAGCCCCAUAUUACCCUUCUCCCCCCACCCCAAGCCUUUAGGAGUUAGGAAUUGAUUCCCCCCACCCCACUGGCACCACAGGAAACUGAGGGCCAAAGACACACUAGUGAAGAGCCUUAGACAGGCUGUAAUGGCAGGCCUUUGGUCUCCAUGCAGCCCAAGGCUAUGCAGGAAGUAGCCUAAAGAGAUUUCUUUUCCUCCUGGGAAAAUGAUGGGGAAGGUUCCCUCUAUGCUUCUGGCCCCAGUCCUCAUCUCCCUAACACCCUGGAAGACCAUGCAGACCAUGGCAAAGCAUGGGAAGAAAGCAGCAUGUUUCCCCUCUGCACAGGAAGGGGCUUUCUGUAUCCCAGGGUGUCACUACCAUGGCAUUCCAGCCCUGCUCCUCUGGAUGGACGGGGCAAUGCUCUAGGCAACCAGUCUAAAUGGGCACCAGUCCUGUUCCUCUCUCCAAGACGCAGACACAAGCCAGGAAGGCCCCUUAGAGAAGGCCCUCACAGUCCCACGCAAUCCCGAGACCCCUGUCCUUAUGGACACUGUAAAUACCUCUGUGUGCACACCCCUCCUUCAUCAAGUCUAAAACCAUACACACACACAAAAAAAAACCAGAUACCCCAAGAUGGAGAGGGGUGCCUCUGAAGCCAGAAGCAGUGCUCCCGCCUCCCCUCCUCCAUGCUGACCUCCCAGUAGUUGGGUCUUCACAGGAAGCUGGUUUUCCAUGUUCUUUAGGAGGGUUGUGGUGUCAUUACAGGCAUGUUCUGGCAUGUUCCCUGAAGGGCAGAGCAUCUUGUUAUAUAUUUGGCUUCAAAAUGAGAUGGUAGCUCCAUUUUUUUUUAAACCCAAUUAAUCUUUCCAAUCCCUAACAACUGUGACUCUGUAUUUAGCACAAGAGAAAGCUGAGAACGUGGGUUUUGCCUCCUUCAGAAAUAUGUCUGGCUCAUCAGGACAUUUUUUAAAAACUUCAAAAUAUUUUUAAGAUAUUUUAAACUUUUGUAAAAAAUACAAAACAAAAAAACAAACGCGCACACACACAGAAAAACCUGAAACCAACCAACAAGGGGAGGAGCGUUCAUGUUUGAAGGAUCCUUGGUGUGUGACCUGUCUUGCAGUGUAUAAGCUCUGUGUAUUGGUGUUUAAUGACGACACCCCUGCAUUUGCAGGGUUUCGUGUUUUUUUCCUCUUUUGCUUUUUAGAUGAAUAUGUAUAUUGAUAUUUUAAAUCCAUCUUUGCUUUUUUUAGAGGAGUUUAUAAUCACCUUGUAACACAACAAUAAACAUUUCCUUUUUAAAAUU